UAAUUGUGGUUCGAAAUUGAAGGGGGCGCCUCGAUCUUUCCUUUUCAAUCUUUGCAGCGUGAAGAGUGACUUUUUGUGAAAUAAAGCCCAAAAAUGGUUACACAAAAGAAGCAGAAAAAGGCUUUGGAGAGCAUCAAUGCUCGUUUGGCUCUUGUGAUGAAAUCCGGAAAGUACUGCCUGGGAUACAAGCAGACCCUCAAGACCCUGCGCCAGGGCAAGGCUAAAUUGAUCAUCAUUGCCAACAACACUCCGCCACUGAGGAAAUCCGAGAUUGAGUACUACGCCAUGCUGGCCAAGACUGGUGUUCAUCACUACAGUGGCAACAAUAUCGAGCUGGGAACUGCCUGUGGUCGCUACUACCGUGUCUGCACCCUCUCCAUCACAGAUGCCGGAGACUCAGACAUCAUUCGUACCCUUCCGGAAACCCAGACUCAAUAAAUUUGAGGAUGAAUAAAAUGAAUUUUAUCCACAAAAAAA